CUUCCUUAUACUGUCAACCCCUUAUAAAUCGUCAGUAGAAGCAGAGCCAUUAUGAGUGUAUCGCAGCCUCAAACGCCACGCAAAUCCAAAGCCGGUGGUUCCAUUGCCAGUGGAAGCAAAAGCUUACAGGGGACCCCGAAGUCAAUUAAAAGAAGAACCGUUUUGGAUCCAAACAGUUCAUACAUCGAAGAAGAAGACGAGACGUAUGUGUUCAACGAGAGUACGGUCAACACCUCUGAGGCAGAUUUAGAUGAUUAUUCGGAGAUUCUUGAGGAGGAAUUAGAUCUUGAUACCGAUGAAGGCAAUCAGCUUGCUAGAGACAAGCAAGCUAUACCGGAAGCUGGUGAUAACCCCACCGAUAAUUCAACAGAAGUAGAACAAAAACAACCGAGUAGACUUCGUGAGUUUUUAGUCAAACAUGAAAUAAUUAGAAAAGGAUUACAUGCAUCCAUUGGACCGUUUACUUUAUGGAUGUACACUCUUGGAAUCAACCAAAAACAGUUUAUACCCCCUUUACUGCUUUUGUUUAUAGUGAUUUUCAUUCAAGAUUACAUUCGUUUGCACAAUCCUCAACUCAAUGCCAAAAUCGUUAAAACCUGGUGGUUCCUUAUUCGCGAAUCGGAAGUUAACAGUUAUAACGGAGUUUUAUGGUACCUUCUGGGACUUGUGCUUGUCUUUUGUUUUGCUCCCAAAGAUGUUAGUUUGAUGAGUGUGUUAUUGUUGAGUUGGGCCGACACUGCUGCUUCCACUUUUGGCAGACAGUAUGGCAAAUACACUCCAAAGAUCCUUCCUGGCAAGUCCUUAGCUGGGACGUUUGCUAGUUUUGUAACCGGGGUCUUGAGCUGUUAUCUUGUGUAUGCAUAUUUCAUCCCAGUCUAUAAUGAAAAAGUUAAUGUUCCCGGUGAUAUUUAUUGGUCUGUCCAGCUGAGUAACUUGAACUUACAUUACUUUGCCAUCUUAAGUGGAAUUGUUGCUGGUGCUUCGGAAUUAGUAACUUUCUAUAACAUGGACGACAAUUUUUCAAUCCCAGUCUUGAGUGGUGUCUUUCUCUAUGGUGCAGUUCGCUACUUCCAUGUUUGAUUCAUUUUUGUUCCCCAAGCAUCCCUUUAUUUAUUAGACCUGAAAUACUAAAGAAAAAGUAAUAGAAAAAACCAGAUUUAAAAAAACAUGAAAAAUUGAAAAAAAAAA